AUGCUCCAGAAACUGACAUCUGAUGAGCGCACGACGCUGCUCGCCCCGCUGCUUGCCUCCGGCUGGUCUCUGGUCGACGGCCGCGAUGCCAUCCACAAGAAACUGAAAAUGGACCACCACCCCGAGUGGUUCAACGUCUACAACCGCGUCGAAAUCACCCUGGCCACCCACGACUGCCAGGGUCUCUCCAAGCGCGACGUCAAGCUAGCCACGCAGCAUCGACACGCGUCUUUGCUGGAACGGACCAAUUCUGCCUGCUGCGUCACCAGCUCCAGAAGCCGCGCGAGCUCCGGAUCACAUGCCGACUGGUCCAUCAGUGCUGCGUGCUUCAUGAUGCUGUCCAGGUCUGCCAGGCUAGCCGCCAGAUGCUCGUCGCCUGGCUCGAUUGCUAGCCGGUGCGCUGGCCCUGCUGUGCCGACUGGCUGCCAGGGGAGCGCCGAGGGCGGGAGGACCUUGGUGCGUUGCGAAAGCAGUGGCACUGGUGCGCGCCAGAUCCCGGACGGUCCUGUGCUCCAGCCCGGCUGAUCACGCCUAUGAUGUUGGUCUGACAUGUACCUCCAAUGCCAAUAUACUGCGCUCUUUCGCAAGCUAUUUUUUAAUUAGUACUGGAAGAAACUGCGCUGAAGAGUCAAAAAGAAAGAAGAGAGCCCGGCCAAAUAUUGCUUCUACG